CCCAAGAAGAAAAACAUGGCUAAGGUGGGCUUGGCAUUUCUCUUUGCUUCACUCAGCGUGUUGUUUGAUAGAAUGACAUCUCGUGAGGUGCUUCACUUCAUGCAGGGAAGAAAACCAACUGAAGUGCUCUUGAGGAAAUUGAAGAAUGCAAUGCUGUCUGUGAAGGUUGUGCUUGAAGACUCGGAGGAAAAGCAACUUACGGAUUCUUUUGUGAAAGAUUGGGUUGAUGAGUUGAAGGAUGUUAUCUACGAUGUGGAGGACAUCUUGGAUGAGAUUGCUACUGAAGCCUUGCAAAGCAAGCUGCAGGAUGCUGAAUCUCCUACCUUGGUAGGAAAUUUACUAAACUCCUUCUCUGCUCUCCUAAUUGAGCCUUUUUUUCGAAAAGGUAGAUAAAAAAAAUUGAAGAGGUACUUGAUAGACUUGAAGACCUAACAUAGCAAAAGGAUUGUAUGGGUCUACAUGAAGUAGUAGGAGCUCAAGAAAAACCAUAUCCAGAAGGGCCAUCCACUUCCUACGUCUCAUAGUCCGAUACUUUUGGUAGGGAUGAGGACAAGAAAAAAGUAAUUGACUUAUUGCUCUCGUCUGAUGCGAGUGGCAAUGAAAGGUGCG